CACUCCUGUUCUCAUUCGUUGGUGCUGUGUUCACGUGGAUCAUCGUACUGCACAGUCAGACCUGCCAGUAAAGAAGCGGACAAGAGCCCAGGGGCUUGCCACUUUGUGGUGACUUUCUUCAGAAUUCUGGCUGUGUCAGUGCCUUUCAACAAGUACUGUGGUGAGGAAGCCUCACCCAGGAUGCCCAGGAAGACAGCCUUCAGCCGAAUGGCACAUGAGUGUGUAAGAAGCCUCUUCAGAAGAAAUGGGUACCCAAAUAAGCUGUUUCUCCCCAAGUUCUUUCUCCUGGCGUCAAGCUGCCUUCGUGGAUUCUUACUGCUGGGCUGCUGUGCAGCAGAAGGCUUCCUUGCAGAGUGAGUCUGGAAACCUGCCACUGUGGCUGCACAAGUUUUUCUCCUACAUCCUGUUACUAUUCGCAGUCCUGCUGCACCUGCCCACCCUGUUCUGGCGCUUCACAGCUGCUCCUCACCUUUGCUCAGACUUGAAGUUUAUCAUGGAAGAACUUGAUAAAGUUUACAACCAUGCAAUUAAGGCUGCAAAGAGUGCUCGUGACCUCGACCUGAGCGAUGGUGCCUGCCCGGCUCCAGGUGUUAAUGAGAACAUAGGGCAAAGUUUGUGGGAGAUAUCUGAAAGCCACUUCAAGUACCCAAUUGUUGAGCAAUACUUGAAGACAAAGAAGAACUCUAGUAAUUUAAUCAUGAAGUACAUUAGCUGCCGACUGGUAACAUUCACAAUUGUACUAUUGGCGUGUGUCUACCUGGGCUAUUACUUCAGCCUGUCCUCACUCUCAGACGAGUUUGUCUGUAGCAUCAAAUCAGGGAUCCUGAGAAAUGACCGCACCAUUCCCGAUCAGUUUCAGUGCAGACUCAUCGCAGUUGGCAUCUUCCAGUUGCUCAGCUUCAUUAACUUCAUGGUUUAUGUUCUACUGGCUCCCGUGGUUGUCUAUACACUGUUUGUUCCAUUCCGACAGAAGACAGAUGUUCUCAAAGUAUAUGAAAUCCUGCCCACUUUUGAUGUUCUGCAUUUUAAGUCUGAAGGGUACAACGACUUGAGCCUCUACAGUCUUUUCUUGGAAGAAAAUAUAAGUGAACUGAAGUCAUACAAGUGUCUUAAGGUACUGGAGAAUAUUAAAAGCAGUGGUCAAGGAAUUGAUCCCAUGCUACUCCUGACUCACCUUGGCAUGAUCAAGAUGGAUGUUAUUGAUGGCAGAACUCCCAUGUCAGCAGAGACCAAAGGAAAGGAGCCGGGGAGCCAGAUGGCAGAGCUCACAGGUUUGGACAUGCAUGGUGAAAAUAAUGGAGAGAAGAAUGCUCGCCAGAGACUUCUGAAUUUCUUGCUGAUGAUUUUGUUUUUGAACUUCAAGUCUGUGAUUCUGUGA